GCUAACAGAAGUGCCUACCUGCUCCUGAAGAAAAACAACAACAAGAAGUCUGGCGCCGGUGGGACACUUGUCAUCAUGGCUGUGUUGAGGUGUAAAUUGUGACAACUAACGCCAAGAUGAUGAACGACAUCAUAGAGGAACCAGAGAAGGACAGUCUGCUGGAGGCGCAAUCGGAGCCACAAGUUUUGUCGGGACCCAGUAAUGGUGCAAGGCCUAAGACUGCUGAUGGAGGGAUCAGGCCUGUGGAAAAAAGAGGACCUUACAUCAUGUCCAGAGCUCCAGCAAUCCACCUCAAACUACAGAAACAUCGGGAGAUGGCGAGGAAAGCACUGAAGAAGAAAGCCCUUUCACCAGGUCCUCCAGUGAUGCAUCAGCCCAGACAAGGAGCUAAGAGGACAGUGAAAUAUAACAAGGGCUACGCUGCUUUGAGUCAGCACGCGGAGGAAACUUUGGUUGCACUGGACUCAGACAGUGAUGAAGAGAUCGAUUUUGAGCAGUAUUCCUCAGGAUACUCUUCAGCUGAGGUGCAUCCUGAUUUAAGCCGGCAGCUGCUUCAGGAUGGUUACCGUCUGGAUGAGAUCCCCGAUGACGAGGACCUGGACCUGAUUCCGCCCAAAGCCAUGGGCUCCUCUGUGUGCUGCUGCACUGAGGGCCCGUCCUGCUCCAUGCAGUGAUGCCGGUGCUGUGACUCGAACCUUUUUAAAGGCUUGGCACGGGUCCCUGGCUUUAGUCACUGGUGCCUGAGGCCCUCCUUCUAACCCAGCUCCCAUGCUGUGCUGCCUGAGGACUUCCAGCUCUGAAGCCAAACUCCUGUUCAUGCAGGACUACGUGCACCAAGAUCGUUCAACCCACAUGAAAACGCGGACGGACAUAAGAACAAGCCUUAUUCACUGUGACCCCAAAGCUUGACCAAUUUUUUAAUUUUUCUUUUUAUAGAACUUCAUGAAAUGCUAACUAUGCCACUGCUUAGUAAAGGAGUGGCUGAGUAAAUAAUUAUUUGGGAUAGGUCAUCAUUGACCUAAAUGAGAGAUGGUUACUGUGUUUUGCGCUCUGCCGAACAAGUCUGCGGCCCUCUUAGCACGACAUGCAUACAUAUGGUGUCUUGUGUGUUAAUGUUCUGGCCCUUGGUGAGUAUGAAUUUAUCUAGCUAUUAACAAACUGCUACAUGAAGGCACCUAGCAUGAUCAUGGACAUUCCCAGACUGUUGUUGCAUUAACUGGAUGUUUUUUCUUUUUCUUUUCUGUGUCUGCCCUUAAAAACUACAUUAGACUUCCAUUCCAAAAUGAGAUGGUCACCACUUUGGGAAAAUAUGACAUCCAGUCCAGCAGAAAGAACGACUUAAAAAUACAAAAUAAAAUAGUGCAGAGCACUACUUUAAAAAUAGGAUGUAUAGCGACUGUGUGCAGCCACAUAGGUUCUUUCUUGCACAUGUCAUGAUAGUUUUUUAUUUUGGCAAAUAUUUCUCCCUCCAUUACCUCAAAUGAGGUGUAGAAGAGAAGCUUGGCAGAGAAUUAUCUUCUCCUACUUUGGCAUUAUUUGCUCUGUGUCUGAGAAGAAAAAGACUUUAUCACAUUAUACAAGUUGUUAUUGAGCAAACAUACCAAGAAGGAAUGACUCAUCCUCUGCCUGUAGAAGAUAUACAUUAAGAGAAAAUGUGUCGUACAGAGUUAUCCACUGUUUGAAAGAGUAAUAUGUACUCUUACCAAAUGUUACACUCCUGUGUAUGGCACAACAUGUAAGCAGAUGAGUUACUGAACUAACUAACCAAUAACAUUAAGUUUAUAAUCUCGUAUUUUUAGAAAUAACUUUGAUUGGAAAGAAAACAAUUCACUUCAGUCAUAAAAAAGCAGUUACAAAAACAUUUAAGCAAAAAUAUACUUAAGAUUACAUUUGUUUAUUUUCUAAUUUAAAUUCCCUUUUUUAAAAUAAACUAUUUGGAUUGGAUAGAAUUUUUUUUUUUCUUUUUGCAUUUUCAAUCAGUACCUUUUGCUUUAUUUAUUUAUUUAUUUAUGAGUAUAUUUGUUUGGGAAACUAAAAAUA